GAAGCUGACCUGUGGUUCUUUUAGGGCGGGGCUCGGGCAGUUCAGAUGGUCAUCCAGGCUCGGAUCAUUAAAUACCUGCUGUUCGUCCGACAGAGCGGCUCAGAUGGACGGGUGCUGCACAGCCUGUGUGAGGUUGGACAGAGGGACCAGGAGAGGGCGCUGGCAGCAGCGUUGUCUGACAGCCUCUGGUUGGCUGGCCAGGAGGUCAGUGCUACCGUUACCUUAGUAACCGAAGAGUACUGCAUCACGCCACACCUGGACUACAAACUGGACAAUUUCACAGAGCGGCUGCAGCUCUUCACAUUCAACAACAAAGACGACCUGAGGAAGUUCCUCCUGGAUCAUGUUCAGUGUUUCAAAGAGGAGGGCAGUCAUGGAGUCAUCCUGUUCUUGUACAGCCUCAUCCUCUCCAGGACCGUCGACAGGCUGAAGGACGAUCUGGACUCCACCACCUCACACCUGCUGUACCUGAGUCUGGGAAACUUUGUGUGUCGUCAGGCCUUGUUGAACCUGUUGCUGACGGGCCGGGCCAGUCCAAACGUCUUUAACGGGACCGUGUACGUUGGGGAGGACGGCCGUCCUCUGGAGCGCCCCCUACAGGGAGUCCUGACUCGGAGCGAUGUCGGCUAUCUGCACUGGAGCCGAGAGGAGAUGGAGCGAGGCCGGCUGCCACAGGUGGGUAGCAUGCUGAAGACCCCUCGCUUCCCAAUCUGGCUGUGCUGCAUCAACAACAGUUACUCGGUGGCGUUCAGCAUGAACCACUCGCUGCUGUCCGACUGGAAGAUGGAGCAUCAGUUCCAGCUGAACUACUACAACGGACAGAACUCCCAGAACACCAUGGCCCGGCUCACUGUAGAUACUCACUCUCACCACUGGGAGGCGUCAUCCUCAGACUCAGAUGGAGACCCGGAGAAAAGGUUCCCUUCACUGGAGAUGACCAUCAGAACCAAAUGGGACGGAGCCGUCAUUGACUGGAAUGGGACGGUACCGUUCUACUGAACACCGGACAGGAAACGGGACACUGACCCAUCACAGACACACCUGAGGCACACCUACAGACACAGAACUGGACCUGCUGGUCCAGGUCACCAGAACCAAGUGGACCUGAGAAGACCUUCAGCUCUGAUUCAGUCUGUGGUGGUCUGUGAUGGUCUGUGGUAGUCUGUGGUAGUCUGUGGAGGUCUGUGAUGGUCUGUGAUAGUCUGUGGUAGUCUGUGGAGGUAUGUGAUGGUCUGUGAUGGUCUGUGAUAGUCUAUGGUAGUCUGUGGAGGUCUGUGAUGGUCUGUGGAGGUCUGUGAUAG